UGUGUGUGUGUGUGUUAAUAAACACGCUGUAUGCACAGCUGGGACUGCAUGAGAGGCGUUCAUGGUCAAAGUGUUCCAGCAGCCUGCAGCAGCUGGUAUCUUCUCACCUGCACACAGAUCAUAUCGGCUCAUCUGAGGCCAAACUAGAAUACGUCAUCCCAAACAGGAUCCUUGGAGUCUGGAGAGGAUAUAAGGCGGGCCGACUGGACCUCUGCACCUUUGUGAAGACGUGUGAACUGAACAAUGAGGGCUGUUGGUUUGCUGCUGCUGCUGCUGGCUCUGUGUGGGUCAGGAGCUCAGGGGGAGCUUCAGGAGACGGAGACCACAAAGACAACCACACCUGACAUCUGGGCGGAGGUGAGGGCUCUGAGAGACAUGGUGGUGGAGCUCAAGGUGGAGCUGAGGAACGUGCAGGCUGCAGUGAAGGACAGUGAGAGCCAGGUGGAGGAACUGAAAGCUGAGCUGAUCCUCACCAACGUGCAUGUGGAGCUGCUGCAGAGAGAGAACUCAGUCCAAGCUGCAGACCUGAUGUCUUUGGAAACUCGACUGACUGCCUCCGAGAGCAAAACAAGCGACCUAGAAACAGACAAUGCAGACUUGCAGACCAGACUGAGCAGAAGUGAGGGUGAACUUCUCAUCAGCAAGUCCAGAAUCGAGACGCUGGAGAGAGAAAAUGCAGACCUGCAGACCAGACUGAGCAGAAGUGAGGGUGAACUUCUCAUCAGCAAAUCCAGGAUCGAGACGCUGGAGAGAGAAAAUGCAGGUUUCUUCACAGCUCCAGUCAGAGGGGUCUACUACUUCCUGUUCACUAUGAAUGGUUCCCGAACAGGUUACAUGGGUGUCAAGGUGUACAAGAACAACCAGAGGAUCAUGUGGAAUCAUGAACACCAGCUUUAG